AUGCGCUCAAGAACUGGCUGUCUCACAUGUCGAACCCGAAAGGUGAAAUGCGACGAGCAAAGGCCACAAUGCUCGCAGUGUCGGAAGUCCAGGCGUGAAUGUCGGCAAAGUGAGGGCAUUGUUUUCCGCCACCAGCAGAAUGCAUCGAUGAACAGGGCUGGAACAGCCCUGGGAGAUAGUGGAGAUAGUGACCGUAGUGCAUUGGGUAGAUUUUACUCAUAUAAAAACACCUUUGGAGCAGACAGUGUUUGGCUGGAAAUCCCAAAACAAGUUACAUUCGUUGACAACUCCGAUCCAUGCACGGAGGAAAUCGAUACCUUAUUAACGUCUGAAACCACCAUUUCCGUCCCCAGCCCGCAGGUUCUGGAUUGGGGUACUAAUGGCGACUGCCGUCACCUGGAUGGUCAAGCGCAUGGGCUGGAGGCUCUCUCAGCAGCUGCAACGAGGGAAGCCUGUCCUCUCCACGAGACGCCGUCUAGUUCAUUACUCCCGCCAAUGAAUAUGGAUACUACUGCGAGUGAUAUUUACUCUAGGCACCAAGAAUUGCAUUCCUCGGUGGCAUUAAUACCUUCUUCACACAGUAUAGGCCCUACCGUACCAGUUUCUUCGCGCUCCCCAGCCACAUCAAUGUGUUCCCCGAAUAACAAUAUAAAUUUUCUACUGAAUCCGUUAGCACCGUCCCAUAUCCAUCCGAGUAGCCCUCAUUCGCCUCUUGGCCAGAGCGAAUCACCAUUUGUUGCUACAGGACCAUCAGAAUCAAGGGGUUUAUAUGUGGAGCUGAGAGUAGAGGGUGAGGUAGAGGUGGAAUCUGAUCAUGAGAUUGCAUUUCUGUUGCGUCAUUUCUCAGAAGCUCCCGGUCGAUGGAUGGAUCUUUUCGAUUUGGGAAGUUACUUCUCUUCAUAUGUUCCUGUCAAAACCCUCACGGUUCCCUUGCUGAAGUACGCCGCUUGUGCGUAUGCAGCGAAGCAGCUAGAGCUGGUCAAAGGCAACAAGGCUAUAGUUGAAGGGGUAAGUAGAAGGCAAGCCAUGAUGGAAGUCUGGCCUGACACAGAGAAUGUGGAGUGGUCUUAUUACAGCACAAAAUAUUACGACAAAGCCGUGCAGCUUCUUAUGGAAGCCUUACGCCACGAUGGCAAAAGCACGCCGUUGGGCAAUCUUGAAGCGCGUGGGCAGUGGCAAGCCGCAGAGUUGUAUAAUGAUCCAGAGGGGUUUCAUAAACGAUUCAGGCGUUCGGAUAUCCAACUAUCCAGCGCAUAUUCAGAUGAACUCAUGGCAGCAACCGCGAUUUUAUCUAUGUAUGACUUUCACGGCGCAAAGAGACCCUCAUGGAAUAGACGGCCAAGUGGGGUUAAAUCGCUGCUGGACAUUGCGGAAGUUGGUUUGAUGCUGAUCUCGGGUUCUCCUAUAGCCAGAGGACCAAGACUCUCCAAAGCAAGGAAGGCAACGUUUUGGAAUUUUGCACGUCAGGAUUACCUAUCCGCAUUCAUUAACGAAUGCCAGACGAGGCUAAAUACGGAAGAUGUGGUCUUAUGGACUGAAGCUGGUCUGCUUCUUGAUAACGAUGGAUUUGUCCGCCCAAGUAAUACAACUAGUUCGGGGUAUUCAGAAGGGGAUGAUGGCAUGAAUGAGGAUCUGAUAUCAAAUGCGUUGAUUUGGAUCCUUUCGAAAGUUGUUAAUUUCGCAGCUGCAGGCGACACUUUAGAUGCUAGGGGAAACUGCUUCGAUGAGUCUUCCACUGGUAUUUCUCAGAAAACUCCCUUUGAGCGAUGGCAUAGACUUCAAACUGAACUGGGUAGAUGGUACGAUGGAUUACCAGAUACGUUCAAGCCCUAUUCAAGGAUGGAACGUUCUCAUUCUUUUCAUCAAGGACCGAUUGAUGAACCUUUACAGUGGGCUGAAGUGUGGUACGGUAUGCCCAUGUGCGCAUCCACAAUACAGCAUUAUCACAUGGCACGAAUCCUCCUACUCAUCAAUAAGCCUCCUGAGUCUGCUGCGAAAGGGCAUAUGAUGGCAAGUAAGCUCAAGUCAUAUCGGUCCAUCGAGAGCGAAAUUAAAUUCCAUUCUCAUGAAAUUUGUGGAAUUUCUAUGUCUCGACCGGAAGCUUCGGUGCGUAUCCAUUCCGUGCAGCCUUUGUUCGUGGCUGGUCAGUGUCUCACAGAACCUCGAGAGCGCAGGACUAUUCUGCAGCUGCUUAGAGGAAUAGAGAAUGACCUUGGAUGGGCGACGGAGUACCGCGUUCAAUUGUUACCAAAGGGAUGA